UGGGUUGUGUGGUUGUGUUCGCUUGACAGACUGCGGUCAGUUCUUAUUAUACAUCUGAAUAGUCCAACCCUCCAUGGUCCCACCCUUUUACACAUAUGGUGCCACCUUCUUAUCAUACAUGCAUGUGUCCCACGCGCUGCAGCAGUUAAUAUUCUGUCCAUAUUGUGCCCUGGAUGGAAGACCGUCGGGGACACCGCAACGACAAAACGCUGGGGAAGUAUACGUUAAUUUGCCAUCAUGGUGAACCAGGUUCAGCGCGGGGACGGUAGCUGGCAGUCAUGCAAGAGCGACUCCAGCGGAGCCAGCAACAGCAGCGAGAGCUCCAAGGAGAGCUCGCGGAGUUCCACGCCGGUGCUGGACGUGGACCGGUCCGACCGUCUGCGGGACAAGAUGCGGAGAAGGAUGGAGUCCGGGGACCGCUGGUUCUCGCUGGAGUUCUUUCCCCCGCGCACAGCCAGCGGAGCUGUGAACCUCAUCUCAAGAUUUGACCGUAUGGGCACCGGAGGGCCCCUGUUUAUCGACAUCACCUGGCACCCAGCAGGGGACCCGGGCUCGGACAAGGAAACCUCGUCUCUGAUGAUUGCCAGCACAGCGGUGAAUUACUGCGGCCUGGAGAGCAUCCUCCACCUGACCUGCUGCAACCAGACCAAAGAGAAGAUCAGCGGCUACCUGGCCAAAGCAAAGCACCUGGGCCUCAAAAACAUCAUGGCCCUGAGGGGAGACCCAGUGGGAGCCGACUGGGAGGAAGAGGAGGGAGGCUUCAACUACGCCACCGACCUCGUUAAACACAUCCGAUCUGAGUUUGAUGACUACUUUGACAUCUGCGUUGCCGGGUACCCUACAGGCCACCCCGAGGCAGAGAGCUACGAGGAGGAUCUCAGACACCUGAAGGAGAAGGUGGACGCUGGAGCAGACUUCAUCAUCACCCAGUUGUUCUUCAGGGCAGACACGUUCCUCAAGUUCCUGGACGACUGCAGGGCGAUUGGUAUCACGUGUCCCAUCCUACCGGGAAUCUUCCCCAUUCAGGGUUACCAGUCUCUGCGUCAGCUCGUUAAGCUGUCAAAGCUCGAGGUACCGGAGGAGAUCACCAGAGUCAUCGAGCCUAUCAAAGACAACGACGCUGCCAUCCGUAACUACGGCAUCAAACAAGCGGUGGAGAUGUGCCGCGUGCUGCUGGACAGCGGCAAGGUACCGGGGCUCCACUUCUACACCCUGAACCGAGAGGUCGCCACCAUGGAGGUGCUCCGCCAGCUGGGCCUGUGGAUAGAGGACCCCAGGCGGCCUCUUCCCUGGGCAGUGAGCGCCCAUCCCAAACGGAAGGUAGAAGAUGUUCGACCCAUCUUCUGGGCGUCGCGGCCCAAGAGCUACAUCUACAGAACCCAGGACUGGGACGAGUUCCCCAACGGCCGAUGGGGAAACUCCUCGUCUCCAGCGUUCGGCGAGCUGAACGACUACUACCUGUUCUACCUGAAGAGCAAGUCGUCUAAAGACGCUCUGCUGAAGAUGUGGGGCGAUGAGCUGAUGAGUGAAGAGAGCGUCUACGAGGUCUUCACCUGCUACAUCACAGCCCAACCAAACCGCAGCGGACACAAGGUGAUGUGUUUGCCGUGGAACGAUGAGCCUCUGGCCCCGGAGACCAACCUGCUGAAGGACGAGCUGGAGAAGGUGAACCGACGAGGAGUCCUCACCAUCAACUCCCAGCCCAACAUCAACGGAAAACCCUCCACAGAUCCCAUAGCCGGCUGGGGGCCUGCAGGAGGCUACGUCUUCCAAAAGGCCUAUCUGGAGUUCUUCACAUCCAGUGAAAAUGUGAACGCUCUCCUCAAAGUACUGAAGAAGUAUGAGCCCCGUGUCAACUACCACAUUGUUAAUGUGCACGGCCGUAACCUGACCAACGCCCCGGACAUGCAGCCUAACGCUGUGACGUGGGGGAUCUUUCCUGGCAGGGAGAUCGUUCAGCCGACCGUAGUGGACCCAGACAGCUUCAUGUAUUGGAAGGACGAGGCCUUCGCCCUGUGGAUCGAGCAGUGGGCGAAGCUCUACGAAGACGAGUCUCCUUCACGGAUGAUCAUCAAGUACAUCCACGACAACUACUUCCUGGUCAACCUGGUGGACAACGACUUCCCUCUGGAGAGCUGUCUGUGGAAGGUCAUCGACGAUAUGUUCGAGCUGCUCGACGCAACUCCAGAGCCGCUCGACGCAACUCCAGAGCCGCUCGACGCAACUCCAGAGCCGCUCGACGCAACUCCAGAGCCGCUCAACGAGGGAGCGGCCUCCGAAUAAAAUCAACUUUUUUUUUAGGGACAGAAAGAAACACUACAGAAUGGUCGAUAUUUUAUGCAUUGCCAAAAAAAC